AUGUCAGAACUCAGACAGAGACAAGUCGCCCAGGACUCCUCGUCCAAGUCCGACACAUCCGGCGUCAAGAAGACCCAGCAAGGUCGCAGUCGCAAUGGCGAGAACAGAGGCAUUAGCUUUCUGGAUGUCAUCCGCGUCCUGGUCACGCUGGUGGUGGCCUCCUGUGGCAUGUCAUAUUAUAUGACUGCGUCCGAGUCGUUGCUUUGGGGGUAUCGGCCAUGGUUUACGAGAUGGCCGGUGUUGGUGCGAUAUGUGAAGGGUCCCCUCGCACUCACACCCGAUCAACUCUCCCUCUACAACGGCACUGACACGACCCUCCCAAUCUACCUCGUUGUCAACGGCACCAUCUUCGACGUCUCCGCAAACCGCAUGGUAUACGGACCCGGCGGCCACUACAACUUCUUCACCGGCCGAGACGCCACCCGUGCCUUUGUCACGGGCUGUUUCCAGGAAGAUCUCACCCCGAGCUUAUACGGGUUGGAAGAGAUGUUCAUCCCCAUCGAUGAUGAGAACUCGGAAGCCGAGAAGGCCUUGAGUAGUGGCCAGAAGAAGAUCCGGCGUGAGCAAGAUGUCCGAUUGGCGCGGACAAGGGUGCGGAGCCAAGUGCAGCACUGGGAGAAUUUCUUCCGUAACCACAAGAAGUACUUUGAGGUGGGCAAGGUUGUUGGGAAUGAGGAGCAGCGGAAGGAGAAGUGGGAGCUUUGCCGGGCUGCGAAACAGCAGCGACCUAAGAGGAAGACGGAUAAUUGA